AUGUGGCCAAGCACGGCCGUCAUCAAUUGGUCACCAAUAGUAAAUUUGAUAGUCCAACUGUAUUUCCAAAAUACCACAAUUUGUGUAUUAUGGCCUGAAAAUGAGCUGUUGAAUUUGGAAACCAAAAUCUCAGAAUAUCCCUUUACCAUAAUCAAUAUACACCCACAUCGAUUAGAUGUGGAUGAUGUGGCCAAUGAGGUUCAAAAGUUCCGAGAAAAAUUCUUGGAAACCAAUAAUCUCACCCUGAUGCUCUCAGUGGCCAUAGAAAAGUCACACUGUGAGAGCUUCUUGGCCUUUGGAAAUGAUAUACUAAAGUUCAUUGAAAGUUUUGAAAAUGCCAGUCGUUAUUCGGUGUGGCGUUCGAAAAUCAAUCACUUUGUGUUUGCAAGCUCUAAUCGGUCUCUCGAGGCUUGCUUGGAGAGGCUAAGAUUUGUUGAAGAUCAACCAAAUAUACUUAUAAUAUCUAACGACGCAAUCAAUCCAGAAAAUUUCGAAUUGAAAACGAAUAAAUUUGUUGGACCCAGAGCAGAUUGCCCUGGCAAGUUAUACCUCCUGGAUCGCUUCUUUGCAAACACCUCCUCCUUUGAUUUCGGAGUGAAUUUAUUUCCCAAUAAAAUUGCCAACUUACAAGGUCGUGAAAUAAUUGUGCCGGGCAUGGAUUAUCGACCCUAUUUGGUUAUUAAUUACGUUCAGGAUAAAUAUAAUUCCUAUGAUUUGGUAUUUGGCGGAGCCAUGGAGGGCAAUGUACAAAUUGAUGGCACCGAAGCCAGGGUCAUUUUGACAUUUUGUGAAAUAUUUAAUUGCACGGUAUUGAUUGACAGCUCGGAGGCCGAUGAUUGGGGAGAGGUAUAUUCAAAUUUAUCAGGGACUGGAAGUUUGGGAAUGGUGGCCAAGGGAAUGGCGGACAUCACUGUGAGUGCAAUGUAUUCAUGGUAA